AUGCCUCUGAAAUUUGAGCUUUGUCCAGGCAGAAUGAUUGGGGGCAGCAACCCCUGCUUCAUUAUCGCCGAAAUUGGGCAGAACCACCAGGGCGAUAUUGAGAUUGCCAAGAAAAUGAUACGGAUGGCUAAGGACUGUGGAGCAGACUGCGCCAAAUUUCAAAAGAGUGAACUUCAGGACCGGUUCAACAGACAGGCGCUAGAUCGCCCCUACACCUCCAAGCACUCCUGGGGGAAGACUUACGGGGAGCACAAGCGCCACCUAGAGUUCAGCCACGAGCAGUACAGGGAACUGCAGAAAUACGCGGAGGAGGUUGGAAUCUUCCUUACCGCGUCGGGAAUGGAUGAGAUGGCUGUAGAGUUUCUACAUGAGAUCAAUGUGCCAUUCUUCAAGGUGGCCUCAUGUGAUACCAAUAAUUUCCCUUACUUAGAGAAGACCGCGAAAAAAGGCCGCCCCAUGGUGGUCUCCAGUGGGAUGCAGUCGAUGGAAACCAUGCGCCGUGUUUACCAGACGGUGAAGAAGCACAACCAGAACUUCUGCAUCCUGCAGUGCACCAGCGCCUACCCACUGGAGGCCGAGGACGUCAACCUGCGCGUCAUCACCGAGUACCAGAAGGAGUUCCCGGACAUCCCCAUUGGGUACUCAGGCCACGAGACGGGGAUCUACAUCUCGGUGGCGGCGGUGGCGCUGGGGGCCAAGGUGGUGGAGCGUCACGUGACCCUGGACAAGAGCUGGAAGGGCAGCGACCACGAGGCGUCUCUGGAGCCGGCGGAGCUGGCGGAGCUGGUGAGGGCCAUCCGGACGGUGGAGCGCGCCCUGGGAACGGGCAUCAAGCAGAUGCUGCCCUGUGAGAAGGUGUGCCACAGCAAGCUGGGUAAGUCAGUGGUGGCCAAGAAGGCCAUCCCCAGGGGCACUGUGAUAAGCCUGGACAUGCUGGACGUCAAGGUGGCCGAGCCCAAGGGAGUGGCGCCCGAGGACAUCUUCCAGCUGGUGGGAAAGAAGGUGACGGCGGACGUGAAGGAGGACGAGAGCAUCACGGAGGACGUGGUGGACAGCUACGGCAAGAAGGACAAAAACUAA